AUGGCUAACCACUAUGGCCAGGACAUACUGGAAUUCCUAUUGGCAUGGCAGCAUUAUCUACUGAGAUGGGGCAUCAAGGACGGCAAGGGUUAUUGGAAACAAUUAAUGAAGGAUGUUGAGACCAUAUUCAAGGACGUAACAAAAGCGAUCACCCAAGGUAGCGGCGAGAACGCCGGUAUUUGUGGAAGUAUAUAUACCGGAGCGGAAACAAAUGUGUCCACAUGCAAAAGCAGGUGCCAUGAAAUUGCAAACCUUAUGCUGUACAUAAAGGGAUACAGUUACAGUACGGGUAAUUGGACAAAAAGACUGGUGGAUGACAGCAGCGGCGAGAUGUUUAUGGAAUAUUUAAGAUGUACACUUGCGACUGAGGUUUUACUACAAGUGUAUGGGACAACUAGUGACCACCAGGAAGUAAUAAAGAAAGUUAAGGAACAACUGGCGAAAACGGAUGCACCAGGGCAAAAGCAAUAUGAGCCAGGGGUGUGUGAGGACCAGGAUUAUGGGCCCGUUAUAUUCGGAUUACGUGGCAUUGGCGAGGCCUUAAACACUAGGCUGCAGAAGUGGCAACAGGGUUUGGCAGGAGGCAACACACGCACUACACAUGGCACAGGACAAACGUGUGCUUGGGCACACAGGCAGCGCGCGGAGAGUGACCAGAAGUGCCAUGAAGAGGCGGGGGUGAUAACCAAGGACUCUGAGCUCAUGAGGGACAUCAAGUACUGGGUGGAACAUGGUCCGGCCUUUCAGCGCGUGAAGAAGAUGUUAGAUGAUAUCCAGAAACAAGGACCAUCCAAGGAGAAAUGUCAAGUACUGAACAAGGUAAAGGACGAAGUCAAAAAAGUGAAGGACACAGUGACAAGGAUGGCAACGACCGCUGCGGGUGGACAAGCGGCAGGAGGACGAGGAUUAGGACGUGGAUCCGUAGGAGGACCCGGGAAAGUGGGAUCAUCACGACCUGCAACAGGACCAGGGAGACCACGGCGGCCUACACCUCCGGCACCGCAGGCGGAGCCACCGAAUGCGAAGACCAGCGCCGCCAAACCAGUACCAGCCAAGCCGGUCGACAGCGACGGCAACGCUACCAAACCAGUAGCGGCGACACCCGUGGCAACGAACAUGGCAACGCAGACGCGGUCCAGGCGCAUGGCACGACGUGGUGGUGAUGCUGGUGGUGCCGUAGGAGAGAAGGGGAAGGGGAAGAAGCACGAAACACAGGAGAAGUGUCAAGGGGAGAAAAUAUUAGAUUGGAGGCCUAGGACAAUCUACGUGGAGCAUGGUUAUAGUGUAAGUUUGAGUACAGUCAGAAAGGAAGAGGACGAAAGAGGAACAGACGGCACCGAUAAUUUAUUCAUACGGCGACAUGCAUAUGUGUAG